UAUUAGUACCAUUUUGCAGGCUGACAUGUAAACGUCAGUCCUGGAGGAUUUAGGAAGAAGCUGAAAAGUUUGUUUUGUGAUUAGUUCAAUAAGUUAUUAAGGGUCAACACAAGUCGCCAUGAAUCCGUCAUUUCCAGUGCAUCAACCAAAUAUCUACAACAUUAUGCCGCCCCAACUGCCACAGCUACCACAGUUGCCGCAGCUUCCACAAGUCCCACUCCAGGUUCCACCACCCUCGAAUAUCCCGACGACAAGUGCAAGUAGAACUCCCCCUCCUUUGACCAAGGCCCAGCGCCGAAUGCUGGGAGAAAGUGAAGCUGCUCGGGCUAAACGAUUGGCCAAAAACGCCGAAAGAAUGCGACAGAAGCGAGCUACCGAAACCUACGAUGAAUACAAGAUACGAUUGGCCAAAAAUGCUGAAGCCAACCGAAGACGACGACAAAACGAGUCAGAAGCGGAGCGUGCCUUGCGUCAUAUGCGGAAUGCAAUGAGACAGAGACUGAGAAGAGCCAUGGAGACCCCAGAUCAGAAGGCAAUUAGAAAAGCUAAACUGGCUCAAAGAAUGCGAGAAAUUAGAGCUACCGAAACUCCUGAUCAAAGAAAAGUAAGACUUGAGAAAGCUGCUGCCAGAGCUCGUCAUAAAUUUCUAACAGAAAGUUCUGAAGAAAGAAUGGAAAGAAACCGAAAAAAGGCAGAAUAUGCAAGAUUAUUCCGUAACAACAAGCAACAGAAUCAAACCCAAGAACAAGUGCAAGAUUCAACGCCCAUCAAGGAUACCCCAACAAUUCCAAAUGAAAUCAAAGAUGAGCAACCACCCCAGGCAAAUGCGACCAAUGAUACGACGCAUCAUAAUCAAGUCAUUCCUCAGAACCCGGAAACGGCACCCCCAAUAUGUAGGGAACAACCUUAUCCUCCGGCAGCGAAAAACUACCCCAUCAAUUAUCAUGAAUUUGGUGCUGCCUUUCCCACAUUUUUCAACUAUCCUCAUCUGAAGAAUGGCCAACAGAGCUCGUACAGUCCGGUGUACCCUUCGCAAACCUAUUACCCCGACCUAUCCGUGCCGUCACAUUACGCAACCAAAAACGACCGGGCCACGUUUCCAGCGCAAAAACCGCCAGAAUGUGGGCAGCCUCCCCAUCAGAACCAUAUGAAAGGGACUGCUCAAAAGAACUGAUUUGAUUUCAAAAUGCCAUCAACUAUUACCACGCUACAUACUUAUGAUACUGUAUAUUCCGCUGAUUCUGUAGAAUGGUGCCCUCACAAUCCGUACCAGCAGUUGUUUGUCUGUGGAACAUAUCAACUAGACAACAAGGACGAAUCCCUCACGAGCAAUACGAGCCAAACUGUUCGCAAAGGUCGGAUAUUACUGUUUAACUUCGAUUCCGUGGAAAAUGUACUAACCAACACACAAUGCAUAGAAACCUCAGCAAUACUGGACCAAAAGUGGCACCCAUCGAACGCCAUGUUAUCGACCGUGAACGCCAGUGGCGACGUCGUUACAUUCAACCUAUCGUCGGAGGAGAAACUGAUCCAAAGCGACACGCUGAAGGUUCCUAACGAUUCCGAAGGCGAACAGUUGGCUCUUUCAAUUGAUUGGUCUCUGGGAGGUGACAAAGCGGCGGUUAGCGACUCAAAAGGGGGUAUCUCCCUGAUAAGCAAUGCACCCGAUGGAAUGCAAUGCGUCAACCGCUGGAAUGCUCACUCCUUCGAAGCGUGGAUAUGUGCCUUUGACAAAACAGAUCAAAACGUACUCUACACAGGUGGAGACGAUAUUCUCCUGUGUGUGUACGAUAUUCGGUGUGCAGACGCUCCUAUGCUCAGACUGAAAAACAAAACCCAUGGUGCUGGCGUGACGUCUCUACUUUCACUCCAAACCAAGGAACAUCUUCUGGUGACGGGCAGUUACGACGACUGCAUAAGAUUGUUCGACACGAGAUCGAUGAGAUUCUGCGUCAGCGAAACCAAUCUCGGAGGUGGUGUUUGGCGAUUAAAACCGAAUCCUAGUCAACCCGAUCAAAUACUGUGCGCCUGUAUGUAUCACAAUUUCAGCAUUGUCUCGCUGAACAGUGAUCAGAGCUUUUCGCUGGAUGCGGAAUAUGACGAACAUGGUAGCAUUUGCUACGGAUGCGACUGGAAGUACGGAUUAACGGAGGGCAACGCCAAAUAUUUUGCAUCUUGUUCAUUUUAUGAUCACAAAAUGUGUUUGGCAGUUCUUAAGACAGAGAAAUAAAAUUUAGUAAAAUACUUUCCA